CAGCAUAUUGCCCCUAUCAUUCAUCGAAGCAAGCAUGAUGCACGAACAGCCAACAGACAAAAAUGCGAAACCCCUCGCGGUGGGUGAUAACAUCGCCACUCAAUCGACAGCCAAAAAGCUCGGGGGUGAGGACCAGUUCCUCGCACUCACGGGGCCCGAAGCACCACAAGCUGACGCACAAGCUUGUCCCAAGGCUGUCUCCAAGGGGCAUAUUGGGCAUGGAUCGCAUCGAGACCUGUCACAGCUGGAAGGCAACAACAAAGGGGAGGAGUAGAAGAAUGCAGAAGGUGC